AUGCCUGUGUCAGUCCCUGUUGUUCGUGCCGGAGUCCCUCUGACUCCCAACCCUUUUGCUUUUCUCUUCCAGCUCUUUGCUAUUUUUGCCUUUGGAUGCUGCGGCUCGUUUAGUGGGGAGACGGGGGCCACCGUGAAAUGCCCUGAUGAUGUGAACGAGAUGACUGCCAUCUCUGUGCAGUUUGGCUACCCUUUCAGGUUAGCCAGGAUUCCCUUCGAGAUGCCAACCUGCGACAGCAACGGCACCAAGCGGACGCUGUAUCUCAUGGGGGACUUCUCAGCCUCUGCCGAGUUCUUCGUGACCCUGGGAGUCUUCUCCUUCCUCUACAGCAUGGCAGCCCUGGUGAUCUACCUGCGCUUUCACUCCCUCUACGCAGAGAACAAGCGGCUUCCCUUUGCGGAUUUCUGCGUGAGCGUCUCCUUCACCUUCUUCUGGCUGGUGGCGGCCGCAGCCUGGGGCAAAGGCCUGUCGGACGUCAAGGGGGCCACGCGGCCGUCCAGCCUCAUUGCUGCCAUGUCGGUGUGCCAGUUCAAAAGCACAGUGUGCAACGCCGGGGCCACGCCGGCCAUGGGGCUGGCCAACAUCUCUGUGCUCUUCGGCUUCAUCAAUUUUAUCCUGUGGGCUGGAAACUGCUGGUUUGUGUUCAAAGAGACCUCGUGGCACGCGCAGGCCACCAGCAAGGAGAACUCUGCUGAACUGGGAGCCAUCGACAAGCAGUAAAGGUCACCCCGCCCGCCCCGAGACCUCCUCCCCCCGGACAGCCAGCACCUUGUCGCAGUCACGCCUUUGCCCCAGCGCUGGGGGAGCCGUGGCUGCAAGGUCUGUCGUCACGCUGGCGCCCUCGGAGCGAGG